AGGCGGGAGCGGAGGCGACCGGAUAAUGGCUGCGACGACGCCCCGGGAGGCGCGCUGACGCCGCCCUCACUCCGGCGAGCGCACCAUGGCCCUGGCGCUGGAGGCCGCCGACAAUGUCACCGACCUGGAAUGCGAGAUGUGCGGGAGGCCGUCCGCCUGUGCCGUCGAUCCCAGCCUGUACGAGUUCAUCCUCGAGGGCGUGGUGAUGAACGUGGUGAACCUGCUCGGCAUCGUCUGCAACACCGUCUCCAUCUACAUCCUGUCGCGCAAGCAGAUGCGCGCCUCCAUCAACUGCUGCCUGAUCGGGCUGGCGACGUUCGACAUCCUGCUGCUCGUCUGCUCCAUCUUCGUGUGGGGCGUGCCGGCGCUGAGUCAGUACUCGCCACGACUACGCGCCCUCAGCGGCCGCCUCAUCCCGCACAUGACACCCUGGCUCUACCCGCUGGCCACCAUCGCGCACACGGGCAGCACGUACGUCACCGUCACCGUCACCGUCGAGCGCUACGUGGCCGUGUGCCACUCGCUGAAGGCGCGCUACAUCUGCACGUACGGCCGCGCCCGGCUCUACAUGAUCGUCAUCAGCGUGUGCGUCGUGCUCUACAACGUGCCCAAGUUCCUCGAGACGGAGGUGCAGCCGAUCGUGAACGUGCGUGAGAACAGGACGGUGGUGGGCUACAUCGCCUGCUCGACGCCGCUGCGCAGCGAGCGCGCCUACAUCGAGGUAUACAUCAUGUGGAUGUACUUGGUGGUAAUGUAUUGUAUUCCCUUUGGCACGCUAGUGGUGCUGAACAGCCUGAUCUACAAGAACGUGCGCAUCGCGAAUAAGAUGCGCCAGCUGCUGAGCCGGCGCCAGGAGAAGGAAAUCGGUCUGGCGACCAUGCUGUUCGCCAUCGUUUUGCUCUUCAUGGUCUGCAACAGCCUCUCCUUCGUCAUCAACAUCAUCGAGCUGCUCAACAACAGCGACAUGCAGAUCGUGGAGGAGGCUGGCAUGGAGCGCAUCGCCGAUUUCAGUAACCUUCUCAUCAACAUCAACUCCUCCUCUAACUUCAUCAUCUACUGCAUCUUCGGCCAGAAGUUCCGCCGCCUCUUCCUGCGGCUGUUCUGUCGCCGCCUGCUGCAGCGGCGCUGUGGUGGCGCCGACAACGCCGACGACGUCUCGGUGGCGGCCACCCCCGGCCUGAGCUGCGGAGUGCCGCUGAAACCCCUGGGACGCGCCGCUCGUGGCGCCGAAGAGCACCGACCGCUGGUGCCCGGACGUGGCGCGCGCCACUUGUCCGGCGGCCCGACCACGCUCAGCGUCAACCUGCCCACCAGCACCACGUCCGUGUCCGGGGUGUGA